GGGCGCUGCUGGCGGCCGCCUGGAGGAGCCUGUGGGAACGCGGGCCCUGCCAUGGCGCCGGCGGCAGCGCGGCACGGGCCGCCCGGUGCGGCGGGGACGGGAAGGGGCUGGCCGGCGGCGGAGCCGGGAGGAUCCAAGGCUCCAGACCCUUCUGUCUGAGUGCAGCUGCCAGAGGCAUUUUGGGCAGAUGGGGAGGUGACAAGGGGAAGCAGAAGCUCACCUUGAAGGAUGUGGCUGAGCUGCUCCGGAAGAAGGAAUGUCGGCGCGUGGUGGUGAUGGCUGGCGCCGGGAUCAGCACACCCAGCGGCAUCCCGGACUUCAGGUCUUUUCCAACCUCAUCGAUCCUGGGAUCCUGUCUCCAGCCCCUCUCAGCUACCCCGUGUCCCCACAGGUCUCCCGGGAGCGGCCUGUACAACAACCUGGAGCAGUACGACAUCCCCUACCCUGAGGCCAUCUUUGAGCUGAGGUAUUUCUUCAUCAACCCCAAGCCCUUCUUCACCCUGGCCAAGGAGCUCUAUCCCGGCAACUACCGCCCCAAUUCCGCCCACUAUUUCCUCCGGCUGCUGCACGACAAGGGGCUGCUCCUGCGCCUCUACACCCAGAACAUCGACGGGUUGGAGAGAGUGGCUGGGAUCCCUCCUGACAAGCUGGUGGAAGCCCAUGGCACCUUUGCCACUGCCACCUGUAUGGUGUGUCAGAGGAACUUCCCCGGAGAGGACUUCAGGGGAGAUGUCAUGGGGGACAGGAUCCCUCGCUGCCCUGUGUGCACCGGAGUCGUCAAGCCUGACAUCGUGUUCUUCGGGGAGCAGCUCCCGCAGCGCUUCCUCCUGCACCUCACAGACUUCCCCAUGGCAGACCUGCUCUUCGUCAUCGGGACAUCCCUGGAGGUGGAGCCCUUUGCCAGCCUGGCUGGAGCCGUGCGGAGCUCCGUGCCCCGGGUCCUCAUCAACCGGGAGCUCGUGGGCCCCUUCUCGUGGCAGCAGCGCCACAACGACGUGGCCCAGCUCGGGGACGUGGUCGGCGGCGUCGAGAAGCUGGUGGAGCUGCUGGGCUGGAACGACGAGAUGCAAGCACUGAUCCAGAGGGAGAAUGAGAAGCUGGAUGCCAAGGAUAAGUAGGAAGGUGCUCCUGUCGCCCCUCAGCGCGUCACUUGAGGACAUCCAGCCAUGAGUGUCACCAGCAAAUGUCCGAGGGCCUGGGGGCUCAUGCCAGUAAAUCUGAUGAACUCUGUGUCUGUAGUUGGCUGUUUGGAUCUCCCUUCUUCUGAGUCAUCCAUCCCAGAGCCCCUCAGAGGCACUGGUUCCAUGGAGCAGGAGCUGGAAUACCAUGAAGGUCAGGCCAGGACAGACUGGAGAGUAUUUUCCAGCUCCCACUGGGCUGAGCAUCCAGUUCCUGUCACAGCUCCUCCCCAGCCACUGUUCCCUUGGCUGUGAUCCUCAGCUGCUGCAGGCUGUGUUUAGUCUUCCAUGAAAUCUCUGCUAAUCAGGGGACAAGCCAGGAACAGGGGGGCUGUCCUCCAUUCCCAUUCCAGCUCAAGCUGCCGGGGAAUUUCUGAAUCGCUGGAGGAUUAAUUAUUUAAUAAUAAAGAGAGAUAAUUCGUUUCUGGAUAUCA